AUGUUCGGAUCCUCGGGGUUCGGAAGCAACAAGCCAUCGAUGUUCGGAUCGACCACUACCACACCGACGACAAACACGAAUGCAAACGCUCAGCAAAAUGACGACUUCUUGGUGAGAAAUUGAAAUCGUGGUGUUUUUGAAAUGAGAACGUUAAUUCCAGGUUGAAGGAGCUCCGGAAGACACGAUUCAAGUGAUCAAAUUCAGUCCACAGCCGCAGGAUAAACCACUGCUGGCGUGCGGAGCAUGGGACGGAGUGAGAAGCGCCAAAAGAACAGGAUUUCGCAUCUAAUGUUCUGUUUACAGACGCUCCGAGUUUGGAUGGUAAACGACGGAGGCACGUUCGAAGGAAAAGCACAACAGAACAUUCCCGCUCCGAUCCUCGAUCUGUGUUGGACCGAAGACGGCUCGAAGAUCUUUGUGGCAUGUGCCGACAAGGAAGCCCGUCUAUGGGACCUGGCCUCUAACCAGGUUGCAGUAGUGGGAACUCACGACGGGCCGGUGAAGACGUGUCACUGGAUCAACGGACACAACUAUCAGUGUCUGAUGACCGGCUCAUUCGACAAAACUCUCCGCUUCUGGGACAUGAAGAAUCUGCCACAACAGAUGCAGAUGGCUUCGUUGACACUGCCGGAAAGGGUGUACGCGGCCGACGUGGUGUAUCCGAUGGCAGUGGUGGCGCUGGCGAAUAAGAGAAUCAAGGUGUACAAUCUGGAGAACGGACCGACGGAAGUGAAGGAUAUUGAGAGUCAGCUCAAGUUCCAGAUCAGAUGCAUCUCCAUCUUCAAGGACAAGAACAACCAGAACCCGGCCGGGUUCGCCCUCGGAUCCAUCGAAGGACGCGUCGCUGUGCAAUACGUGGAAGCCGCGAAUCCGAAGGACAAUUUCACAUUCAAGUGCCAUCGAUCGGCCGAACUUGUGGCCGGAUAUCAAGAAAUUUACGCCGUCAACGACAUCUGUUUCCAUCCGCAGCACGGAACUCUGGUCACUAUAGGAUCGGACGGACGGUACUCGAUGUGGGAUAAGGACGCGCGCACGAAACUAAAGACGUCGGAUCCGCAUCCGAUGCCGUUGACGUGCUGCGAUGUGCACAGUUCAGGGGCGUUCCUGGUCUACGCGUUGGGAUACGAUUGGAGUCGGGUACGAAUUCGGAAGAAGACGUUUGGAAAAUUCAAUUGUAUUUUCAGGGCCACGAAGGAAACACCCAGCCGGGAUCCAAAAUCGUCAUUCACAAGUGCGUCGAAGACAUGAAGCCACGCGCCUCCAAGAAGUGA